AUGUGCAACUUCAACGAUGCAGACUGUCAGUCUAUCUGUUUCGGGAGCGUAUCUCAACACGACAUGAUCCACCUAGCCGGCUCCUUCGUCAUGCAGAAACACGAGGUCAACCAGGACUCGAAACACGACACCAACCAGGACCCGAGACUUCUGCCGAGGGAACCGUUUUGGCGAGUUUUUGCGAGUUUUUGCGAAUUUUUGCAAUUCUUUGCGAUGCAAUACGACGGUAACAAGGAGAAAGCGAAGAGAGUGAGUAGGUAA